AUUUUAUGGGCGUUUACGUGCUUGUUUUCUUGUUUUCUGCGGCUACUUUUUCCACCAUGGGCCGGUGAUGCUCUUUGUACAUACCAAUGUUAGUGUUAGGAACGGGGCGUGAGCUGGGGUUGGGGAGUCGGACCGGGAACAGAAUAUCGGAUUGGCGCACGGCAUUAUUUGUUCAACAGGGAAAAAUUACAUACCUCUUCAUCGUAUCUUUAUUCUCCAUGCCUCUCAUGUUGCUCGUGUCGCACAACAGGACGCAAAUGUCACAUGGCCCAUUCAUGAAGUGCAUCAAGGUUCAGUAUGUGUGCAUAACCCGCCAAAUAUCAAUUCAUGAUGCAUGCCACCAGCCACUUGGGCGUAAACAUCUCUUUACAAAUCUAUGGACAAAACCUCGCCAUCCGAUCCCCCUGUUCGCGCCAACGCCACCGGGUUGGGUCAACGCCAAAAAUCCCAUUUGUUCGCUGGACUCUCUGAGGAGCACUUCCCAAAGUCGUUUGAAACAAGUAAAAAAAAGGACGAAGAGAGGGGGGAGAAUGAUUCUAAAACCAAUGCUGCCGUGGUCUAAUAUAUACCGAGGCAAAUGCCCGCACGGGCUCUAUCCCGACUCCAGAUCAAAUUAUCCGUAGGUAUGCUUAGGCUUCAAGCCCAUGAUCUUGUUAAAAUACGCCAUCAUGGACACAUGAGUUUCAGCCAAAAGCUACCUCGGACUGCUUG